AUUACGAAUCCGCUUUCCACCGCGUCAUUUUCCAGACUGUCGGGACCGACAGGGUAUGGGUGUGCCGUACAGUGCGACUGUGUUCAUCCGCGAAUCCCGCCCGAAAAUCAAGGCGAAGUUAGAAAUCUAAAAGGUCCAUUGGGGAAAUUCAAAUAACGAAAUGGAAAGAGGGGGGCAAAGUCGUUGGAAUCGCAAUGCGAAUAGCGGACACGCGUUCAAGAUAGGCUCAUCUCCGCGGCGGCUACACGCUUGUGGACUGUUGGCAGAUCGAACUGUUGUCCUAGCGAGAUCGAUGGCGAGGCGGCUCCCAAGCGCCUUAUCCGCCGGCUGGCUGAACAUUGUGGGCACAUCUGAUACUUUAUCUUGCUUGUGUUGCCAUGUGCUAGUACUAACGGCAACAUGUAAGAAUGCGAAUUUGACAAAGAGAUGGAAAGGGAAGAAAGGGGGAAGGAAUAGGCCAAACAAGAGGGCUCAAGGCCGUCUUUCUCUGUUUCCCUGCUUCUCUCGUGUUUUCUUCACUUUCUUUUUGGCAUUCUGCAAUGCUACCUCCCGCCUAGCGCAUCUGCACUAGAAGUACUUCGAUCAUGAUUUUCGAGCUUACAGUAGACCUCAGCCCCAGCAGUUCCAAGGCUUUGCUCCCCUGGCGGUGCUAAGCGACACGAUCCCAAGCCGGCCAUGUGCCAACCAUGCUAGCUAAACGUUUUGUG